AUGAUGACCAUGACUACGAUGGCUGACGGCUUGGAAGGCCAGGACUCGUCCAAAUCCGCCUUCAUGGAGUUCGGGCAACAGCAGCAACAGCAGCAGCAGCAGCAGCAGCAGCAACAGCAGCCGCCGCCGCCGCCGCCGCCGCCGCCGCAGCCGCACUCGCAGCAGAGCUCCCCGGCCAUGGCAGGCGCGCACUACCCUCUGCACUGCCUGCACUCGGCGGCGGCGGCGGCGGCGGCGGCCGGCUCGCACCACCACCACCACCAGCACCACCACCACGGCUCGCCCUACGCGUCGGGCGGCGGCAACUCCUACAACCACCGCUCGCUCGCCGCCUACCCCUACAUGAGCCACUCGCAGCACAGCCCUUACCUCCAGUCCUACCACAACAGCAGCGCGGCCGCCCAGACGCGAGGGGACGACACAGAUCAACAAAAAACCACCGUGAUUGAAAACGGGGAAAUCAGGUUCAAUGGAAAAGGGAAGAAGAUUCGGAAGCCUCGGACCAUUUACUCCAGCCUGCAGCUCCAGGCUUUAAACCACCGCUUUCAACAGACUCAGUACCUGGCCCUUCCUGAGAGAGCGGAACUGGCAGCUUCCUUAGGACUGACACAGACACAGGUGAAGAUAUGGUUUCAGAACAAACGCUCUAAGUUUAAGAAACUGCUGAAGCAGGGCAGUAACCCGCAUGAGAGCGACCCUCUCCCGGGCUCAGCAGCCCUGUCGCCGCGCUCGCCGGCGCUGCCUCCGGUGUGGGACGUUUCCGCCUCGGCCAAGGGCGUCAGUAUGCCCCCCAACAGCUAUAUGCCCGGCUAUUCGCACUGGUACUCCUCACCACACCAGGACACGAUGCAGAGACCACAGAUGAUGUGAGUUGUCCGAGGGAAAUCGAUACCCUAGGGAAACGUCUGAACCAGGCAAGGAGGAUCCGGGACCUGCUUGCAGCUGCCAAACCGAGCCGAGCCCACGGAGCAGGCUCAGGAGAACUCACGUCGGACCAGACCGUCUGUGCACUCUCUCUCUCUCCCGCUCCCUCUGUCUCUGUUUCUCUCUCACACUCCUCCCUUCUCCCUUCUUUCCUUCCUUCCCGCCUUUCUUUUC